AUGGAUCUCUUUCCUAUCCUUGUGAUAUGCUUUUGUUUGAUUCUCUGUCUUCUAUGGAAUCAAAGGCGUGCCAAAGGGAAGCUUCCACCAGGCCCCACUCCUCUCCCAAUUAUUGGAAAUAUUCUACAAAUAAAUAUGAAGGACAUGAACAAAUCACUUAACAUGCUAGCCAAAGAGUAUGGGCCAGUGUUCACUGUGCAUUUUGGUCCAAAACCCACUGUGAUAUUGCAUGGAUAUGAAGCAAUAAAGGAAGCCCUGAUUGACAGAGGAGAGGAGUUUUCUGGCAGAGGAGAGUUCCCAGUGCUGCACAAAACCAGCCAGGGAUUAGGAGUUGUGUUCAGCAAUGGAGAAUUAUGGAAGCAAACCCGUCGCUUUUCCCUCAUGGUUCUGCGGAAUAUGGGGAUGGGAAAGAAGACCAUUGAAGACCGAAUUCAAGAGGAGGCCUUAUGUCUGGUGGAGGCAUUAAAGAAAACCAAGGGAUCUCCAUGUGAUCCUUCUUUCCUUUUGGGAUGUGUUCCCUGCAAUGUAAUCUGCUCAGUCAUUUUCCAGAGUCGUUUUGAAUACAAUGAUGAGAAAUUUUUAACUUUAAUGAAAUAUUUUCAUCAGAAUUUUGAAAUUGUGAGCACCCCCUGGGUACAGUUCUGCAAUGCUUUUCCUUUUGUCAUAGAUUACCUGCCCGGAAGUCAUAAUCAAUUGUAUAAGAAUGUUGAGAAACAAAAGAAUUUCAUUUUAGACAAAAUAAAAGAACACCAAGACUCUCUGGAUCACAACCACCCUCGGGACUUUAUUGACUACUUCUUGAUUAAAAUGGAACAGGAAAAACACAACAAGCAGUCUGAGUUCACCAUGGACAACUUAAUCAUCACCGUCUGGGAUCUCUUCAGUGCGGGAACAGAAACAACGAGCACCACGAUGAGAUAUGGUCUCCUGCUCUUGCUGAAGCAUCCUGAGGUCUCAGCUAAAGUCCAGGAAGAAAUUCAACAGGUGGUUGGCAGAAACAGGAGUCCCUGCAUGAAGGACAGGAGCAGUAUGCCCUACACAGAUGCUGUGGUGCAUGAGAUCCAGAGAUUCAUUGACCUUGUUCCCACCAACGUACCACAUGCAGUGACACAGGACGUUAAAUUCCGAGAAUACAUCAUUCCCAAGGGAACAACUGUAAUAACAUCUCUGAAUUCUGUUCUAUAUGAUGACAAAGAAUUUCCUAACCCAGAGAAGUUUGACCCAGGCCACUUCUUAGAUAAAAGUGGAAACUUUAAGAAGAGUGACUACUUCAUGCCUUUUUCAUCAGGAAAAAGAGUCUGUGCUGGAGAAGGCCUGGCCCGCAUGGAGCUGUUUUUAAUUCUGACCAACAUUUUGCAGAACUUUACCUUGAAAUCUCUAGUUGACCCAAAGGACAUUGACAUCACUCCAGUUAACAAGAAUUUUGGUUCUAUACCACGUUUCUACGAACUUUGUUUCAUUCCGGUCUGA